AGAUAGUUUGAUUAUCCUUACACCUUAUAGAGUUCCUUCGCUUUAGCAGAAGAUCUCAGAUGCAUCGUGGCAGAUCCCAGGAGUUGGAUGACAAGCUGCGCCGAUUUAGUGCAAGGGCUGAGUCGGGUAGCCCUGCCAGCAUUGUGCGAUCUGAAAGAAGAGCUGCACAGGAAACCUUUCGGUCUGGAUGGAGCCGGUCUAUCCAGGUAACUCCUCCAUGCAAAUCUGCGCACGCAGCGAGGCGCUGCAGCUCGUUGCCUGGCUCGAGAGAGCCUCGAGAUUCGGUCCAAGGCCGGGGUGAGCACCAAGGAUUCUUGCAGCUACCACAAUAUCAGGAUUCGGCAACAAACCUAGCAGAUCGCAUAACAUCUCGGAGCUUGUCAGCAGGCCAGCGAACCACUAGCAGCUCCAGCACUGCAGGACGCUGGCGAUUUGCGCGAGAACUUCCAGGCAAAGAACUGAGCCAUGAAGGUUGGCUUGCAAAGCAUAGCUCUGGCAAGAUUUCUGGCAGGUGGCAGCAGCGAUACUUCAGGUUGGAAGGAUGCUACCUUCGGUACAUGCAGACACCCAGCAGCACGGCAAAGAAAACUUUCAAUCUCCAGAAAGCGCAGAAUCUGACAGUUGCAGAAGACCAGCCUCGCGAGCUGAAUCUGGACUUUGGUUAUCGCUCGUGGCGCCUGCGUGCUGCAGAUGCGGCGGAGGCCAGGCGCUGGUUGGUGCUUCUGGAGGCAGGACGCCUUACAGCAGGAAACGCUGAGGAAGGGGAUGCCAGUGAGAGUGAUAUGGAUGACUCGGCUUCUGUUUGCAGUGUCCCCAGUGGCUCUUCGACUACUGCAGAGUCUUUGCAUUCUGCGGAGCCAACGACGCCAAAGUUCGGGAUCCGGGAUAAAGAGAAAGCUGACAAGGUCCUGCCGAGUUGGCCAGCUCCAGCCAUUGCAGACACCCUGGAGGUAAAUACAGAGGAGCUCGAUAGACAGUUCGACUCCUGGUUGCCCUUUGCCAAUGAGGAUGUCUCCUUGCAGAUCAGCACUCCAAGCACAUCCUUUGUUUGUGACGGCCUCAGCCGUGCUUUGCAUGGCCAUUGGCUGCGGCUUUGUGAAGUUUGCGCUGCAGCCAUGGCUGACGACAAACUACGAUUGGAGGCGUCUGGCAAACGGCCUGCAGUGGCUGCGGAGCGUGCUGUCACAACGCUUCUGCAAGGACAAAGUGAGUCUCAUGCUGCUCGAGAGUCUCUGGAGAAUUUUCUUGGUGAGUAUUUGCUGCGCAUUCUUCGAAGAAUGGAGUUGUGGGUGGCGCGGUAUGACCCCUCUGCCGAUGAAGUGGCAACCGUGGCCAAAUGGUGGCUGUUCCAGGCUGAACCUGCUCUCCUGCCCUUCUGCCAUCGUGCCGAACGUUUUGCAGGGGAGAAGUUGGAGCAUUCUGAGCAAGCCGUGAUUUCAAUCGAGAAGCUGCUCUUGCGAGAAUGGGAGUCCAGAAGUUGCGAAGAAGCAUCCGGGCUUUGCUCGCACAUUUUCGAAGGCCACUAUGCCGAGGAAGCUGGCAAUGUAGACUUGGCACGGCUGCUGCGAAGUUUGCAAGAAUCCGCUGAUGCCUGGCAAACCUGGCGUAGCCACAGUGCUGCUUGCAACCGGGCCGCCUCUGUGCUCAUCGCCAUGUUGAAUGCAGCUCUCCGUUCGCAGCACGCAGCCAGCCGCAUGCUGCUUUCGGAAGCAGAAAGACUGAGCCGAACGAGCAGAAGGAGGACCUUCCCAAAGAUGAUCCAGAUGGGGCGACAGGCACUACACGAAUUUCAGAAAGCCGGUGCGUGCAGUGAUGGCAAAGGCAAGAGGAUCCCAGAAGAGGUUCUUGCAGCUGCAGCUCAGGAUGCCGUGCAGUUGGCAAUCUUCUGCAGCCACACCAGCGAUUCUUUGGAGGGCUGGGGAUCCACCAAAGAGCUUUGCCGCGACGUACUUCUUGCAUUCGAAAGUGCCUUCCAGACUGAGGUCUCCUCACUGACCAGGGCCUUGACCACAGUCCAUCACCACUACAACCGUCAGUUUCUGAAAGUAGACAGCUUCAGUAGCCUUCUUCGCAAAGAUCAUAGCGGUGGCACUGGCAUUUUGACCUCAGCGACAGCCGCCUGGAUUGAGUUUCUUCAAAAUUUUACAGGGAACCGCCAGGUGCCCAGCCAGGUGCCCGGGGUGCCUGGCCAGGUGCUUGGGACAUUGAGAGAACGAGUCGGUGCUUCCAUCGUGGAGUUGCUCGCCUCUGCUUGGGUACAGAACUUUGUGCGAGCACCGCCGCCGCUCUCUGUGUGGGGCACUCGGCUUUUCACCGCUUUCGCCGCAGAUGAGGCGGCUCUUACAUCGCUGGCACCGGAUUCGAAAGAACUGGGGAAGUUCCGGCAGAUGGUGGAGACAAUGCGUGGCUUUCUGCAAGUCAAUGCACAGUCCAGGUGGCAAGAGCUGGGUAAAGCAGAGAAUGUCCUGCAGAAGUUAUUGGCUGAGGAGCAAGGGAGGGCCUUGACUCAUGCCCUUUGGCAGACUGCGACACGUUAGCAUGCCAAGCAUCAAGUUUAGUCGGCAGUUUGGCCAAGCCAUCAAUCUAAUUCAGUGCACGCAAAGAAGGAUCCCGUCAUUGCGCUCCUUCCUCUUGCUCGGGAGAGCCUGAAGUCGGUCCAGAUCCGAACGGCGGCCAGAGUGCCCCCUGAAUGAAACACAUUGAUCACGUUGUUCGUGGACAAGUCGUGCUUGCUAGUUUCAUUCGCGUGAUGUCAGUCAGCACUGCGACCCUCUCUUGCUGCCUUGUAAAGCGAACAGGCACACCUGAAGCUUGCACCAAAUGACUUCUGCAGUCUAGUUUGUACAAUAGCGCCACUGCAUUGUCCUUUAAUUCAUUUUCAUUUUUCUUCCCUUUUGUGAAGACAGGAGGGUUUCUGGUUAUGAAUUGGCCGGGUCUACCCCUGCCAAGAUUUGGCAUGUGACAUACACAUGGAAAGUCCUGAAAUCCUGAAGUGUCGUCGAAGCAUUUUAAGGCCUGUCCAUGUCUCUCAGGGCAUCAUUUUCGAGCUCAAGAGCUCACAAGUAUGUUGUACCCCGUAAAAAGAUAAAAAGAGCCUCUGCAGAUGUUCCAGAUGUUCC